CCAGGACGGACAUACCGCCCUCGACGUGGCCGCCCGUUCCCAGGACAGGGAGCUCGCGGCGCUGGUGGCCGACUAUUCCUCGCGGCCGCGGCCGUGGACCCUGUGGCAGCUGAAGCGCUGCAUCCUGCCGCAGUGGUCGUCGACGUCCUGCCGGGGCGCGCAGUCGGUGGAGGGGGGCAGCCUGGCGACGUCGCGCGGGGUGGAACUGGAUCUGAAGGCCGCCGACGAUCCUCAGCACUUGUUCGCCUCCGACGGGCUGCGGGAAGAGGCCCCGUCGCCGCCGUCGCCCCUGGCGGCGGUGCUGGACGAGGCGCGGCGGCGCGAGGGGUGCGGUGAGCAGGGCGGCCAGGACUGUCCGCUCGGGGGCGGCGAGGGCGCCGACUGCGAGAUCGAAUGGCACGGGCUGGAGCCGGUCCUCGUGGAGAGGCGGCGGGCGCGAGACGGCCUCGCGAGCGCGGGCAAGCAGGGCAAGGCAGGCCUCGAGGCCACAGACGACUUCAGCACGGCGGCCACAGCGUCGCCGAGCAACCUCAGCGGCCGGCUGUCGCACGACACGCCCCAGAGCCACUGGGGCGGGGCCACCGCCAGCAGAGCGAGCCCUUCCGGACCGCCGCAGGCAACCGCACCCGCCGCUGCCGAUCGGCGCGCGCCGGCGCCGCUGGCAGGGCUGGCGUCUGGGGCUCGGACAUCUCCCAGGGCUGCAGCGCUGGGUUCGCCGGCAGCGUUGCGCCCGGAAGGGGCGCCGCCGCUGGA